GGGCGGGGACUGUUAUCCAGAGUACACACGGGAAAGCGGAAGCUAGCGGUGGUGGAGAUGUUUGUGUUGUGAUGAGACUCCCAAAUUUUACUAUGACAUAUGUGGCCAAAAAUUCGUUUUACAGACUACAUGUUUGAGAUUGAGCCGGCAAUAAAUGCGAUUUAAAUGCUAACUUUGACCGUGAGCUCUUCAGAAAGUGGCUAACUCCGAGUUAAAACUGACAACAAGGAGACAGACGUGACUGUCAUGUCGGCAAAAAUGAACGCAGGCAGGAGCAAAGACAGCGGCGAAGUUAUUAAAAACUACCACAAGCAGGCGUUUGAGUACAUAUCGAAGGCAUUAAGGAUCGAUGAAGAUGAUACAGGAGACAAGGAACAGGCUGUCCAGUGGUACAAGAAAGGGAUUGCUGAGCUUGAAAGGGGAAUAGCUGUAGAGCUCACGGGACAAGGGGAUCAAUAUGACCGAGCCAAGAGACUUCAGGAUAAAAUGGUCAGCAAUCUCACCAUGGCAAGAGAUAGGCUUUCUCUUUUAGAGGCGACGCUGGCGUCUAAGAGGCGCAGUGAUCCCAAGAGCAGCCCGAGUCAUGUGCUUCCACAACCAAAGCCUGUGCCUAAAAGUCAGCCUGCAGCGCGAGGGGUGUCCAGCAACAUCAGGCCUUCCACUGCUGUCAGACCCCCAUCAAGACCCACUGAUACAAAGUUGGCCCCACGGGCGGGGAAAGCUCAGAAUGGGAGACCUGCAGCUGUGAAACAGCCCCCAAAGAGAGACAUGAAAAACUUCAAGAACGUGGACAGCAAGCUGGCCACCCUGAUUCUGAAUGAAAUUGUUGACAGUGGAGCAUCUGUAUCCUUUGAAGACAUUGCGGGACAGACACUGGCCAAGCAAGCACUCCAAGAGAUCGUCAUCCUCCCUGCCUUAAGACCAGAGCUCUUCACUGGCCUCAGAGCUCCGGCACGUGGCUUGCUUUUAUUUGGACCGCCUGGAAAUGGGAAAACAAUGCUGGCGAAAGCAGUCGCAGCAGAGUCAAAUGCCACGUUCUUUAACAUCAGCGCUGCUAGUUUGACCUCUAAAUAUGUGGGAGAGGGCGAGAAGCUUGUGCGAGCACUGUUUGCAGUUGCCAGAGAAUUACAGCCCUCUGUCAUCUUUAUUGAUGAGGUUGACAGCUUGCUGUGUGAAAGGAGGGAGGGAGAACACGAUGCCUCUCGGCGAUUAAAAACCGAGUUCCUCAUCGAGUUUGACGGGGUGCAGUCAGGAGGGGAUGAUAGGGUGCUUGUAAUGGGUGCGACCAACCGGCCUCAGGAGCUUGAUGAAGCAGUCCUGAGACGCUUUGCUAAAAGGGUGUACGUGGCGUUGCCAGAUGCAGAGACAAGAUUCACACUGCUGAAGAAUCUUUUGGAAAAGCAAGGGAAUCCACUGAGCAAAAAUGAGCUGUCAACACUUGCUAAAGCGACUGCAGGAUAUUCCGGAAGUGAUCUCACGUCGUUAGCCAAAGAUGCAGCGCUCGGGCCGAUCAGAGAGUUGGGACCAGACCAAGUCCGAAGUAUGGCUGCAAGUGAGAUGCGUAACAUCAAGAUGAAAGACUUUGAGGAAUCCCUGAAGCGCAUUAAGCCCAGCGUUAACCCAACGACUCUUAAUAUGUAUACCAAAUGGAACAAAGAUUAUGGCGACACAACGGCUUUCUGAACUCAGCAGUUCAUUUUCACUUGUAAAAAAGAAAAAAAAAGUAAAGGGUGUGAAAGUAAAGCUACACUUGAUUAAUUGGUUUUAAACUACGGGUACACAAUGUCAUCAGCACAAAUGAAGUCAAAAACCUGGGACACACCCUCUGUAAGUUGGUGAAGCAAUAAUGUACAAACAUGAUAACAUUCGGAGUUCUUAUUGCUACUUUUCCUGUUUUAUGGGAAGGCUUUCCAGCAAAAUUUACUAUGAGUUUACUUUACUGUAUUAUUACUUUACUGUAACAAUUGCUACCUGAAACUUGAUUAUUUAUUCUUGAAAAUAUUUGACAAAAUUACAAGUGAUCUUUCUUACAAGUGAUUUGCCUCAAGGGGGCAGCAAGUUUCCUUAAAUCCUGACAUAACAUCACUGAAAUCGAUUGUUUUGCACAUGGCAUUAGUUGACAGUGUUGAUGGUAUUGAUCACCAAGUGCUGUACUUGUACAGAUGCAGGAGUGAUAUUGAUUGGGAGAGGAUUUGCCAUAUUGGGUUUCUUUUGUAUGAUACAGUUUUUCAAUUGGUUCUCAUAGUUUGUAGAGACAGAUACUUGUAUUGCUUUUGAAAGUUGGAGACCUAAUGAAUUGUUACGUCGCACAACUCCUUUUGUUUUUUGUUCAGACAGUUGUUGACAUUUAGUUGAGUUGAGCAGAACUAUGACAGCUCUCCAUUCUCCUCAUGUACCAAUAAAUACAGCCAAGUCAAUCCA